AUGGAUUCUGUAGAAAUGAUAUGGGUACAAGUAUGCUAUUUUGUCGAGUUUAAAAAGACUGAAGAAAGCAAAUGGACAUGGGAUUAUAUAGGAAACGGUGAAGAAAAUGUGGAUAUUCUUUAUGUUCCAUCUAGCAUUUCGUAUAUAGAGUUGUACAACAAAGUGCAAGAACUUGUUAAUGUGGAUUCAAAGUUAUAUGAAAUUGAGAUGAUGUCCCUUAAUCCUGGAAUGUCUAAGUUUUCAGUUCCACCACAAAGGAUUAACAGUGACAUGAAAGUGAAGUGGUUUCUUUCUAUUUGUAAAAAACAUCCUCUUUGCGUGACUAUUUCGACUAAAGUUACAGGUGAAUGUGAUAGUGUAAGGGAGUUUGAAAGAGAUUGUGGAGUAGAAACUAAUGGUGGAGUAGAAAAGGGAGAUGUGAGCCAUCAAAAUGAAGUUGAGCUAUAUGAUGGCGAUCAUGGAAAUGAUAACGUAGAAGAAGGAAACUCUGUGGAUUGGGAUAACUUGCAUAUAAUUCAAGGUAGUUCCGAACAACAAGAUUUCGAAGAUAAAUCUCCUCCGAGAAAUGAAAACAAUGUUGAUUUCUCCAUGGAAGAGGACAUUAUUGGUACUUUAACACAAGUCCUGUGUUCAAUUCCUUAUAGAUCAUCAGUUAGGAUUCCAGAAAAUGAGGAUGUACAUGAUGAUGAACUAUUUCCAACUAAAAGUGCUUUGAUAUCAAAACUCCAGCUACUUGCCGUGAAGUACCAAUUUGAAUUUAAAGUGAAGAAAUCAAAUAAGAGUGUUUAUACAGUCGUUUGUGUUGAGAAAAUUUGUAACUGGCGUUUACGGGCAACGAGCAUAGCUGAAUCUGAGAUUUUUCAAAUACGAAAAUAUUCUAGCCAUCACAUUUGCUCUAUGAGUGUUCGUCGCAGGGAUAAUAGACAUGCUACCUAUUCGGUAAUUGGAAAACAUGUAGCUCCAAAAUAUCAUGAUGCCAACAUAGUGUACAGACCAAGAAACAUUAUCAAUGACGUUCGUCGAGAGUUUGGCAUAACUAUAAAAUAUCACAAGGCGUAUAUGGCCAAAGAAUUUGCUUACAAAGAGGUUCGAGGUAGCCCUGAUGAUAGCUAUGCAAAGUUACCAAUGUAUUGUCACAUUCUGGAGAAAAAUAAUCCUGGUAUGUUGACCUUUAUUGAAACCGAUAAUGAUGGACAUUUCAUGUAUUUUUUUAUGGCAUUAGGACCAAGCAUAUGUGGAUUUCUCUCUUCAAUUCGACGGGUAAUUUGUGUGGAUGAAACAUUUUUGAAAUCUAAGUAUCGAGUGGAUUCAGAAAACAAUGACUCAUGGACUUGGUUCUUUCAGAAGUUACGACAGAUAACCGAUGACACAGACGAGCUAGUCUUUAUAUCUGACCGUGCAACAAGCAUAUCAAAUGGUUUCAACAGCGUCUAUCUUAACGCACAUCAUGGACAUUGUAUAUGGCAUUUGCAAACUAACUUGAAGAGCAAAUUCCCUCGCAUAGAUAUUGUGCCAUUGUUUAGAGCUACUGCACAGGCAUAUAGUUUGGCAAAAUUUGAGAUUAAUAUGCAAGCAUUGUGCAGUCUACACGAGAAAAUCAGAGAAUACUUAGAGGAAGAGGUUGGCGUGGAGUAUUGGUCAAGAGCACAUUUCAAUGGAAUCAGAUACAAUACUAUGACCACAAACAAUGCAGAAUCAUUAAAUUCAUUGUUGAGAAGUGCUCGAGAAUUUCCUAUACUUGCUUUGAUCGAGUAUAUCAGGGAAAAGAUGCAGAGUUGGUUUCAUGAUAGGCGCAUUGAUGCCGAAAAAUGUACAAGCUAUCUCACCCCGCCAAUAGAGGAGAAAAUGUACGAUAGGUAUAAUGAGUCAAAAGGUUUUGAGGUAAAAGCUCUUAGGCCAGAUGAAAUGCAAGUGAGUGAUAAAAUGGAAAAAUUCAUUGUUAAUUUGGAGAGGGGGACAUGCACAUGUAAGGAAUUUGAUCUGGACCAAUUUCCAUGUGCACAUGCAAUUGCAGUAGUAAGGGAUGUUGGAGACAACUGUUAUAGGUUUUGCUCUCCAUUUUAUAGCACUUCUUACUGGAAACAAGCUUAUUCUGAAUAUAUAUAUCCACUGUCAAAUGAGGUGGACUAG